CUCUGCUCAAAUUCAUGGAUUGCGUUGAUGACCUUCCAGUGUUUGAUGUUGGAGCUGUCAGCCUCUUGGCCACCCCUUUUGCCCUUUUCAAUCUGGAAAUAUUCAGCCUGAUAGCCGUCCAACGUCUGCUGGCCCACCUUUGCAGCAAGCUUUGCCAUGUCGAUUCUGAGGAAGUCUGCGGGUUUGCCGUUCUCGUCCAUCCCUUUCUCUACUGCAGUCUCCGCCGCAAUUUUCUUGUUUGCUAAUAACCAUUCCGAGAAAUUCUUUGCGUAUGCGUCUCUUCGGAUGUCCAAGAUCUGCUUGAGGACUGGGCCAACUUGCGCUAUGGCUCCGGGCUCUUUUGAGAAUAUGCGCUUCAUCCGAUCAAACAGCUCGUCAACAGUGCGGGCGUUGCCGACUAUCUUGUUCUCGGUAUACCAGAUGGUGCUCAAGCCGGCUUUCCGGAUCGCUUCCGCUACAUUCUGCGCGGUCGGGUUGCUCGGCGUGGGCACCACGGAGCUGGGCGGCGUCUUUAAUACAUAUCUCAAGAACUGGUCCAGGCUGGCUGGUUUCUGUCUGUUGAUCCUGUCUCCUAUCUUUGCGGGCCUUGCCAGGUGCCCGACGAAGGAAACGCCAAGCUCAAGCGGCUGGGUUCGCGGAUUACAGCUGACCAGCUCAGCAAUUAUGAUGACCAGAAUGGCGAAGUUGAACCUCAUCUUGCCGUCUCCUGGGUGAGAAGUGUUAAUGAGAUUCGAGGCAACCGGGAAUGACGACGUUGAUGAUGGAAGACAUGAGGGUGCUCCGCAAA